AUGGCCGAGAGCGCCGAGCUCCUGAACCCGCUGCUCAGCGAGUCCGGCGACCUCCGCGACAGCCUGCCCCGGGGCCUGAGCUCCGUCGAGGCCGCCGCGAAGCUCGCGCGCUUCGGCCGCAACGAGGUGCCCGUGGAGACGCCGUCGCGGCUCAGCGUCUUCCUGCGCCAGUUCAGCGGGACGAUGCCGGCGAUGCUCAUGCUCGCGUGCGUAUUGAGCGCGGCUGUCAAGGACUGGGAGGACUUUGGCAUCAUUGCCGCCAUGCUCCUGCUCAACGCGACGAUAGGCUUCUACGAGGAGUCCAAGGCCAUGGCCGCCCUCGACGCGCUCCAGGCGAAGCUCCGGUGCGAGGUGUCGGUGCUCCGAGACGGGCAACCCGUCUCCGUCGACGUCGCGGAGCUCGUGCCCGGCGACGUCGUCGCGCUGCGCGGCGGCCAGGCCGUGCCCGCGGACGCGCUCUGGAUCGGCGGCGACGUCAUCAAGCUCGACACGGCGGCGCUGACGGGCGAGCCCAUCCCC